UACCAACAUGGGUGGAGCCGGCGGCAGGGCGCGGGCAGACUGGCUACCCCGCUGGGACGGGACACUUUCGCUUUGCCGGGAGCGCGGGACAGCGCUGGCCAGCGGCGUCAUGGCCCGGGGACUCCUUGUGCUCCUGCUGGUUGUCUUCAUUAUUGAAACACGGUACAAAAAUAACACUGAAGCUCUCGUGACAUACAAUAGGAGGAUCAUUGCCAGGAGGGAAGUUAAUUGUAAUGAGGAUGAAUAUCAUUUAGAYGCUCAAUGUUGCAAGAAAUGUAAAAGUGGUUUUGUUAAAAAUAUAAUCUGCCCAACAGAUAUUAUCAAACACUGUGUUCCAUGUGAAAAGGGAAAGGAAUUCAUGGACCACCUCAAUGACUUGGACAAGUGUCACAGGUGCAAAUCAUGUGAUGGCACACUUGGUUGGGAGGUUGUAAAGAACUGUACCCCAGCAGAGGACACGAAAUGUGCCUGUGCAAAGAACUAUUUUUGCAGUUCUGUACCAUGUGACAGUUGCAGUGAAUGUACCCCAUGUGAUGGUGCAAUUGAAAAACAAUGUACUUCAACUUCAGACACUGUGUGUGGAGCAAAAGGAAUGUCAUCAGGGGCCAUUGUGGCCAUCGUGCUAGCAGCAGUGGUACUACUGACAAUAAUUGGAGCAUUCUUGUGGAAGAAYAGACAAAAGGGUUUUGGUUGCAUUACAGCCAGAGAGAACCUAAGUGAAGCAGAGAGAACCUACAGACUUGAGCCUUCUUAUGAGAAUGUACCUUUCAUAGACACAGAUGCCGACCUGARCAGCCACAUUGCUGGAAUUGUGGCAGAGAUGACACUCUCACAAGUCAAGACAUUUGUUCGUCACCACCAUGUACCAGAACCUGCCAUCGACCAAAUCAUUCAGGAUUGUCUUGGUGAUACAUCUGAACAGAAGAUUAAACUGUUUCGAGACUGGUAUCAAAGACAUGGGAUGAAAGGAGCCUAUGGAACCCUAAUAAGCAGCCUGAGAGAGUUAAAUAUGCGUGCUGUAGCUGAUAAAAUUGAGGAAAAACUGAAGGCAGCUGUAUCCCACUCUCAGGAAGGUGGACUGCCUUAUAAUGGUGACACUGAGCAAAGCAGAAUUUGCACUCAGGAAGGUAGAARCUCUUCCAAUGGUAGUGAUGAGCUAAGUAAAGCCUUGACUGGUAGUUUGGAAGAGACAUAGCACAGAGUAAUUUGAAAAUUAUUUCAAAUAGUGAGCAAUUUUCUAAUAUAAAUAAUAAAGCUUUAAAAUAUAAUUUUCMUUGGCAGUUCUGAUUGAACUCAGGUAAGCUAUUACAUUCAAAAGGAAUAAUUACAUUUUUUGUAGCAAUAUCUUUGCUUUAAAAAAAAGUUUUGGUUGUUAAGGACUGGAAGAAAUUUUCUGACUUGUUUACAAAAAGGUGCAAUAUAAGACUCCAGCUCUAGGAUUCAUUACAAGAGGAAAAAAGUUGUCAUUAUUUGAAUAAAAGAUACUGUUUAAAUGCAUGGUCCUGCAUUGUUUAAUCAAUGUAAGGUUUUGCUUACAUUAAAGAUGCAGGAUGUUCCUCUUUUUUGAAGGGAAAACUCUGGUGUUAUGAGUCUACAAAGUGUACCAGGAACAGUACUUGAAAAAAAAGUUAUCUGCUAUGCACAUGGAUCAAUUUGAAAUAUAGGUGUUGCUGUGUAGAUUCUACUCUGAUGCAAAUAGGAUUUCUAUCUUUUAUAAAAGCACCUGUGUGUGUAUAUGGAGUUUUGUAUAUGUGUGUGAUUUUUCUAUGCAAAAAACUUGAUAAAAACUAUUACCUCUGUUGUUCUCAACAAUGUUUGUAAGCCUCUUCUAAUGUUAGAACCCUUCAAAGAAAUAGGAGCUGAAGCAGCACCACGGAGCCAUGAUUUCUGGAAGGCAAUCUGCAGAGCAUUUGAAGCUUUUCUAAUGCAGAAAGUGAUACAAUGGAGUGAUACAUCUUUGCCAUUAAAAAAAAAAUCUGCAUAG